AAAUAAAUUCCGUACAGAUAAAGGAACGGCUUUAUCAUUGUUAUCGUCACAGUUUUCGACCUCGGCUGACGGUCAGGUUAUAAAACGCUGAGUACUGUCAGGCUGAAAUUAGCAGAAAAACGUAGGGAAAAUGUCACGGACAAAUUGUGUUUUACAGAUAUAUAGAAAGACGCGUGGUUAUAGUGUCAGACUUCUACAACGGAGAGAGUGGUGUAAUGCUGGAGAACAUAAAAAUGAAUUUUCAACGUCUUUGAAAAGAAAUAUCUCAGUGCAAAAUAAUGAUACAACUCACGACUACAUUAUUGUAGGGGCGGGGUCAGCAGGAUGUGUUCUUGCGAACAGGCUGACAGAAAAUGAACCAUGUAAUGUACUACUCAUGGAGGCAGGCCCUAAAGACAGUUCUUGGAAAAUAUGGAUGCCCGCCGCAUUAAUGUACAACCUUUGUGAUGACAAAUAUAACUGGUAUUACCACACAGAGCCCGAACCCUCAAUGAAUAAUCGUGUGCAAUACUGGCCUCGGGGGCGGGUACUAGGCGGAUCGUCUUCACUCAAUGCUAUGGUGUACAUACGUGGGCAUGCAUAUGAUUACGAUCGCUGGGAGAAGGAAGGGGCGAGUAACUGGUCAUAUGCAGAUUGCCUGCCUUAUUUUAAGAAAUCGCAGACGCACGAACUGGGUGAGAAUGAAUAUCGCGGAGGGACUGGGCCACUUCAUGUUUCUCGCGGGAUUACAAAUAACCCUUUACAUUAUGCCUUUAUUGAGGCCGGGAAGCAAGCUGGUUACCAAUUUACUGAAGAUAUGAAUGGUUAUCAACAAGAAGGUGUUGGAUGGAUGGAUAUGACGAUUUAUAAAGGUAUGCGAUGGAGUGCAGCUGCUGCUUAUCUCCAUCCAAUCAGAAACAAGAGAAAAAAUCUUGAAACGAAAGUGAACGUAUUAGCUACAAAAGUGUUAAUUGAGAAGGGGAGAGCUGUUGGAGUUGAGUACGAGGAGAAUGGUGAGUUGAAGAAAGUGUUUGCUAAUAAGGAAGUUGUUCUUUGUGGUGGUUCUAUAAAUACGCCUCAGUUAUUGAUGCUAUCAGGAGUAGGCAACGCUGACGACUUGGCUAAGUUGGACAUUCCCGUUGUUGCAAACAUUCCAGGAGUUGGUGAAAAUUUGCAAGAUCAUUUAGAUUUGUGUAUUCAGUAUAGAUGUACCAAACCAGUCACUCUGUAUAGCGCUCAGUGGAAGUUUCCGCACAAUAUGAUUAAAAUUGGCUUACAAUGGUUCCUUUUCCGGAAAGGAUGGGGUGCAACAACUCAUUUUGAAAGUGGAGGAUUUAUCUGUAGUAAAGCAGGUGUGGAACAUCCAGAUUUGCAGAUACAUUUUCUUCCGUUUGCAUCUACUGACCAUGGCAGGAGUAAUGCUGAUUGCCACUCUUUUAUGAUCCAUAUCGGUGGGAUGAGACCUACAAGCAAAGGGUAUCUAAAACUAAGAUCCAGAGAUCCUAGGGACCAUCCAAAGAUAGUGGCAAAUUAUCUAACAACUGAAAAAGACAUGCAAGAAAUGAGAGAUGGAGUAAAACUCGCGCGAGAAAUUAUUCACCAAAAAGCUUUUGACGAAUUCAGAGGAGAGGAGAUGCAGCCAGGUGCUCAGGUUCAGACACCUAGUCAAAUAGAUGAGUUUAUUCGUAAUGUUGCUGACAGUAACUAUCACCCAGCAUGCACGUGUAAAAUGGGUCAACCGGAUGACAAAAUGGCUGUUGUCGACCCAGACACUAAAGUGAUUGGUAUUGAAAAUUUACGAGUUGUGGAUGCUUCAAUUAUGCCGAGUAUGAUUAGUGGAAACCUUAAUGGACCCACGAUGAUGGUAGCGGAAAAGGCUGCCGACAUAAUCAGAGGAUUGCAGCCACUACCACGGUCCAAUGCUCCAGUGUACAAGCGUACAAAUAUUGAUAGUCAAAGAUAGUGUCUGCUUUUUAUUCAAUUUUUCAUUAAGCUGUAUGGUUUCCUUUUCGUAUUGGAUAAUAGGUGUAAGUGUAAUGCAAACUAUUAUGCAAUAAAAAGCCUAUUUACUUGUUUAGCCCCUUUUUUGUUUGAAGCUUUCAUUUUUAAAUGUCUUGAAGCCGAUACAUUGCAAUCUCAGGUGCUCAAUGCAAUUUGUUAAGGAUGUGAUUUUUAUGAAAAAUUUCACUACUCGUAAAUUGUUUUUACUAAAAAGUGUUUUGGUCUUCAUAAAGUUGCGUGAUAUUGUUUGAUUUGUUUGAUUCGGUGUUUCUUUUAUUAAAUACUAUUUGACUUAAAACAAGACUUAUUAAUAAUAAUUUUUGAAAACAAAUUCAUGCAAAUAAACCUGUAUAGAAAUAAAAGUGACAUGUUUGCAGCAUACGUUAUAAGAAAUCAAACGACAUAUAUAAG